AUGGUAACGGAGCACCCGGCUGUGAAGUCCUGCGGUGCGGCCAUGCUGGAGAGCUUGCGGCACGUGAACGACCUGCUCGGGAGAUGUGAGCCCUGGGUCACGUCGGGGGACUUCCCUGCAGAGAAGACCAUCGAAGCUUGGCCGGAAAGAAUGAGCGAACCAAUAGGAGACCAGAUCAACUCCGAAGCCUUGAAAGCUUGUCAUGGCAACGUGUCGAUUGUCUUGAAUCUUGCUUCGGGGCCCGCGACGCAGCCAGUUCAUGCUGUAGGUGGAAUGACAUCCCAAACGAUGUUUGAUUCUCUGGUACUCGUAGCAGCCCUUCGGGGCUCACUGGAAGUCCAGGAAACCAACGGAGAAGUUCUCGCGGCUCUCACGAAGGCUAGCCGGGAAGAGAACAGUGUUUGGACCAGAGGGCUAAUGUUCACCGUUGUUGCGGCAAAAGGGGUGUCAGGGCCUGGCGGGGCCUGGCGCGUCCAGAAUGACAUGCAAAAGCUCGACGACAUCGACCUGGUUCGCAUGGCACGGAAGAGCUUGAUCGGCUGCGCGCAGGAGAUCAUGAGGCGGCUGGAGUCCCUCAAGGUGUGUUUGGCCUCGCCCGUUUCGAAGCUUUGCUCAGAGUCUGGAGGGAAGGGGUAUCCCCAGGGUGGAUCCGAUCCAGUCGAGUCCAAGGAGAAGCCGCCAGGUGAUGAGGAGGCACCCAAGGCACGGAGUCGCAGUCCCCCAAAUGCCGGGGCCAAGGGCUGCUGGGCUGCACGGAGUGUGCUCAAAUCUUGGCCGAUUUGCUCCUACAAGACGCUGUGCUUCGAGCGCCGGGUGCGGAACAGCCAGCUGUUCACCUCCCACGGCCCCGGCCUCGUGCUGGGCCCCAACGACGAAGACCUCUAUUCUUGCCCGAGGCAGGUGACUGAUCUUAUCUCGGCUGUGGGCCCAGUGCAUGACAGGGGAACGUCCGGGUCACGAGUAGAGGAACUCGACGGCGAUCCGGUGGCAUACUUUACGAGAGAUGCUGCGGAGGGCCUCGCCCCCAUCCAUACCCUCCUGAUGCAGAACCAGGCUGCCGAGGUUGUCUUUGUUACUCCGGACUUCAAGCUGGAGGGGUUGGAGGAUGGGCUCGUCCUUGCUGCGCUCCCACUGGGAGCCCUUGGAGCCCGCCGCGGGUCGGAUCGAGGACCUUUGGUUUUGCGUGCCAAGGUUACAGUGGAGGCUGUGUCGGCUCUCGAUGGCGACACAGCCGAGCCUUACUUGCUGGAAUGCGACGUAGCGGUCUUCACGGAGGCAGUCUACCAAUCGAUUUUGGGAGCCGAAGACGUGGAGGAAACGCAGGUGGGCUUUGUCUUCGCAACCUCUGCCGGACUUCAAGUGAACCCUUUGGUUGGGUCUGUGAAUGCCGUGUGCCCCGAAGCGGCCUUGGCAGCCAGGCGCAAGUCAAAGCGGAUCGCUGUGCCUUUGGGCGCGGUCAAACCUCGUCGAGGCGCAAAAGCGGCGGGCAGUUCGACAGUUCCUACCAGGUCAGCGCAAGGUGCCGAACCAACAGCAAGGUCGGUGCAGCCUGGCGUACCGGCCGCAGAGGUUCAGCCAAACCAUUUUGGUACUUCAGUUGGUGCUUUGGAAGCUUCAGGUGUCGACCCCGAAUCAGCCAGGAUGAUCAUGGAAGUGUUGAGGGAUUCCAGAACACAAAUGCGAGACCCUGCGACUUCGUAUGCAAAGGCCCCUCCAGUGGAACUGGUCGACCGGGCGGAGACAGAGGCCGACGAAGUGGCGGAACCUGCCAAUGGAAGCUCAGAGCUAGCAGCUGCUCUCACGAAACUUGCGGCAGCUUUGGAGGACAUGAAGCCAAAGCCAAAGACUGGCUUGGAGGCAAUGCUAUCGACCUUAGGGUCACCCGAUACGUCCACGAGCAGCUCAACUCCACAGGUGUCCCGGCGAAAUGCUGCAGUGCGUUUGGCGCUGAGAUCCGCUUUGCAAGAUCAACCGAUGUACUUCGUGAACCACAUCGAGUCAGCUAUCAACAGGCGGGUUCGCGAAAUCAUACGCACGCCGGAUGCUUCAUCGGGUUCUGGCUCAGCAGAAGUACCGUACAGGGCGUACGUGGAACACCGAGCGUGGCUCUCCACGCACCGUCCUACGCAGUACUGGGCUUGGAUCUUAGCUGGCAUAGGCCAAGCGCUCAGUGGUGGACGCGUCGAAGAAGCUCGGGCAAGAACAGGUCUCGGCCUCCUUUUUGCGGAGCAGCUAUCUAUGGAUGCUGGCCAGAUGUCGUUUGCUGCCGAGCUGCUGAUGGAGGACCCGCCUCCCGCAAUAUCAGCGAAGCAACCGGAGGCAGGCACAGCCAUAUGGCCUGCUCCUUGUGCCGAUGCGUGGGCCGAAGUGAUCCUCCAUCACCUGAGAGAUCGCAUGACCUUCGAGCAGCAUCGGGCAACCACACUCCGUCGAAGGCGACCCGGAGGGCCUCCCCCUGGGCUCGACGCCAUCGAUGCACCCUCGGCGGAGAACACCGAAAGCAGUUUCGACAGCACGUUGGGAUUCCCUGGUGAGGGUCAAGACAAAUCCCAAGCCGCUUGGGCGAAGAGGUGGACGGGUUCUGACAGCGAGUUUUUGAUGAGUUUCUCCCAGCUGAUUCCGGUCAUGUAUAGCCUGGCUCAUACUCGUUGCUCCAGACUCUCGGGGUUCCUGAGAGACGCUGCCAGUAUCUGCAAACAAAAACAUCUCCUUGGCGAACCGCCCCGCAAAAGCAAGGGGCCCCCGACUAUUUGGCCUAUGCCUGUGCCCUGGCCUGGUGCGUUCAGAUCGCGAACUCGAUCUGACUGGUCUCAGAGGGGUGAGAACCUGAUUGUGCUAACGCUGAACUGGCUGCAUCUAGGCUGUCCUGGCUCCGUCUGCGAUCCCUCGUGGAUCCUUCGCGAAAGCACAGAGUUACAACAGGAGCACCUCAGCCGACUACGAGAACAGCUCCAGGUUUGGCACGGUGUUAAGGUUGAAUGUGUCGACGAACUUGGAAGGGCCCAAGAUCGUUUCACUAGCUCCGCUUGCGCUAUUAAGCGCCUUGAGGCCCUUUCUCAUGAAUUCGAUCGGUUUUUCCAGAAGUACAGAGAUUUCAAACCAAUCCCAAGCAGCGAUGGGAGGAUUUCACGCAGAAUCCGAGACCCCCUCAGCAGAGCUGUGGGCCAGAUGUCUUCUCCUGUUGAAACAGCUAGGCCAGUCAUUGCGACUCGUUUGAAGGUGUCUGCUGCUCCAUCAUUUAACGCGGACCCCACUCUUGUUGGGGUGCACCGCCAAGUUAUGCAAAACCCUUUUGCUUUGAAGCUCAAGAGUAACAUUCCUACUCCCCGCGUUGAAGUUAGAACCUCUGAGAGUGAGUUGGUCAAACUCCUUGAGCGGUUCGAUGCGACUGAUCGACUUCUGUUGAUGCCAGAAGGGAGCGCGGGCCUUCCGAGACAGUCAGAGCGCGUCGGACUUUUCACAGUGUUUAAGGAUGCGAACUUUGAUAGGCUCAUCGUUGAUGCUCGACCAAGCAAUGUUGGUGAUCAACUUCUCUCUAAGUGGGUCAAUCACUUGACUGGUCAGGGAGUCCUGUGCGAUUUGGUCUUGCAGCCGAACAGCAUUUUGUAUGGGUACUCCUCUGACAUCGUUGAUUUUUACAACCGCUUUCAGGUCACCGAGGCCCGUGCCUUGAGGAAUGUCUUGUGCAAGACGCUCUGCGCCUCCAAAGUCGCCCACCUUAAGUCCUGUCCGCCCUGCCCUGCUGAUACUCGGCUCUGUGUUGGGCUUCGGUUGCUAGCAAUGGGUGACUGCCAAGCUGUUGAAAUCGCGCAAGCUAGUCACACUACCUUAGCUGGGGCUUCAGGGGCGAUUCGUGAUGCUGAACUCAUAAGCAGGGCCCGGCCUUUUCCAAGGACCAAGGUUUGCGGCGGCUUGUGCAUCGACGAUUUUUUCGUUUGCGAGCAAGAGCCCGUUUCGGAGCACCCGCCCUCGCACUGUAGUGGGCCCAGUGUCGCUGAGGAGUUUCUUGAAGAUUCGGAGGCGUAUCAGAGGCUUCAACGCCUGAAACGGGCCUACGAGUUUGUGGGGCUACAGUCUCACCCCGAGAAAGAGGUCGUGAGGGCUUCAAAGUUCCACGUCUGGGGCUCCGAAGUCGAUGGGGUUUCAGGGACUUAUAGGGCUCCUGUCUGCAAAGUUCUUUCGCUUUUGAACUUGACGCUAUCUCUCGUUGACUUGGGGUACACGUCUGUCGCCCUGCUGGAAAGCAUUGUGGGGAUGUGGAGCUCUGUCAUGCAGCAUAACCGACGUUUUUACUGCUUACUUGACCUUGCUUAUGAGAUGCCUCACAGGUUUCCUCGGACGUCGGUUGUUAGGAUGAGCCGAAGGUUGAAGCAGGAGUUGCUAACUGUUUGCAUUGUCGCGCCGUUUAUUCAUACUAAUCUGAGGGCGCCUUUCGUAAACGAGCUUGUCAUGACAGACGCUUCAUCCUCCAAAAUUGCAGGGGUUCAUGCAUCAGUGCCAGCUAGCGUCGUGCAAGAACUGAGCCGGUUUGCAUUGCGGAAAGGUGCGUGGGUAAAACUCCUGACUCCGGUCCAGGCUUGGCUGCGCCAGCGGGACUUAGGGGACGAUGAUCCUUUUGACACGCUUGGGGUCGAGCAUCAAUCCACGCCACUUUUUGAAGAAGUUGCUCAGUGCUUGAAAUUCCGGACCAGCUUCGUCGCCCCUGCACGCCCGACCGAGCAUAUAAAUAUUUCAGAGCUCAGAGCCAUCGGAGCUGCAGAAGCAAGGGCCGAGUCCUUGUAUCCUGGCUCGAGGCAGCUCCUCGGAACUGAUUCUCAGGUUGCCGCAGCAGCCAUUGCUAAAGGGCGAUCGUCAUCUCCCCAGCUGAACCAAGUCCUGAAGGGUAUGCUUCCUGGAGUUAUUGCUGGAGGUGUGCAGACGAAGGUGUUUUGGGUUAGUACCUCGAAUAACCCUGCUGAUGAUCCCACUAGGGACAAACCUCUUCGGGAUCCUAGGCGUUGUGCCCCACAAUGGCUGAUUGAUCUGCAGCAAGGAGAAUUUUUUUCUUUGGACAAGCAUCUCUCCGAUGUUUUCCCGCCAGACCGUGCUAGCGACCCAAGCAUCAGUGAUCUUCUCCGAGAUGUUACGUCCGAACACGGUCCCGAGUUCGUAACAAGAUUGAUGAAAGCUUGCGAGCGGACGAGUUCCAGUGGCAUUGAGCAUACUCAGUUGCAUGCUGAUCCUGGUAGCAAUGCUUUGUUUGAGACGUCUGAUUUGCUUGAGGGGCCCGAUGGCUGUGCCAAGGCUGACUCCAUUGCGCAAACCCUUAGUGAAGACAGACCUCAGAUGAGUUGCGUUGCCCCUGGUGACUUGCGCUUGGCUGAAGCCGAGGAACUGUCCAGUGCAGCGUCUGACAUUUUAAUGAGACUUCCCGUUUCACGAUUUUUGAAGGCAGACGGUUCCUACCGGAAUUGGCGCCCUAAGCCUGGAGGAGUCCUUUGCCUGGGCACUGGUCUUCGUGAGUUUGCUCAGAGUGUGAUCCGCAGCGGGGCGCCGUGGGUUGUUCACUUCGACAUGAAGGAUAUACAUGACCCCUCCGCUUCCCGUGAAAUUGAAGAGCUGAUCUCGUCUAGUUCCAUCAGUUGUGCCUUGCUCUCGCCCGACUGCGGGACUUUUUCCAGGGCUAUUACGCCACCCGUCCGGUCAACGGCCGAGCCCAGUGGCAUGCAACACAUGGCGCCAGGCAUGUUCCGCAAAGUGAGGUUUGUAGUUUCUCUUGUGGAUAUUCCACCAUGCCUGCGGGGUGGAGCCCCGAUGCGAGUGUUAGACAUAGGAACGCUUCACGUGGGAGGGAUCUCGUGCGGCAUCGAUGCUUUGGCCAGGGACCCGUGGGCGCUCGAUCGUCUAGUGGUUUGUCUCCGAUCCAUCGAACCGCUCGUGGCAAUGCGGCUAGAUCUCAUGUUUCCCUGCGAUGGACUGUACGAGUGUCCAAAUCGGCUAUAUGUGAAGAUAGGGAAACCGAAGACUGCAGGGCGGGGAGGAGCCAGGCAGCAACAUGCCUCCGUAACCGAUGCUGAGUGCAUUGGCCUUAUGCAGGGUGUGUUUCGCGACCUUGGGUGUCACGAGCGCUUGUGGCCUGGCUCCCCUGCCAUGUUUCGAAGGCGGUGGGAUACCAUUUGUAAGAUCCUCUUGCUGCCAACUAAAUUCAUCACGCCAGGAGGCGUGCGAGGUGGCGCAGCCUGCCACAUGUACUUUUUGAAUCUUGAUAUUUCUACCAUCAUGUGGCGGCUUCGCGUCUCCAACCAGAGGUAUGAAUUCAUGCGAUCGGGUGGCUGCUCAAGCCUCCCGCCCGGCCCGCCCGGGCAUGAGCAGCAAGCUAGUGGGAGCGGCAAACUGAUUCCAGCGAGAACUCCGAGGAACGUUACCUGGAUGCACAGUAGAGGCAAGCAGAACCGGGACACCCCUCACUUCCACUGGACUCGGGGCAUGAAACUGGGCACCGGCAACUACAUCGUGCGCAAGCAGGUGGGUGAGGGCUCCUUCGGCCGAGUUCUGGCUUGCUUCGAGGAGUCGACGAAGCAGCUGGUGGCAGUGAAGGUGGUGAAAGGUGUGGCGCGGUACAAAGAGCACGCGCAUGCCGAGGCGGAGCUGCUCAGGGAGCUGCGCAGAUGUGAUCCAGGCAGACAGAGCUACUGCGUCAAGCUUCUGGGAGAGUUUACCCAUGAUCUGAACCACUGCUGCUUGGUGUUUGAGCUCUUGGACAAGAGUCUCAGCGACUUCAUGCGACACCUGGCGGGCAGAGUUCAAGAUGGCCUGUCUGUGUCCAAAGGUUUUGGGGUGGGCUGA